UAGUAAUCAACAACAGUUGUUUAUGUUUUUAAACAUUUCAGUUUGUGAAAAUAUUUAAUAAUUUUUAUUAUAAUGGAUUGUUUAGAAGAUUCUCAGCGCGUGCGCACCAACCCCACAAAGAAAUGGAAUUUGGAGGAAGAGAAGUCCUUAAUAGAAUUUUUGAUAGCAAAUCGUGAGAUAGAGAAGCCAACAGCGCAGGCUUACUACAAACGUUUUUCAGUCGAGACAAAGGUAGAAGUAGAUUGGAAGCUUAUCCGAUCUAAGGUAAGGAACAUGCGCACCAGCUACAAUAAAGCCAAAGGUUGGGAGGGAUCAACCGGGGCAGGCAGCAUGGAUGGCGAAACCAUGAAAGCGUCACUAAUAAAAAUGUGUACAUUUUUUUAUGAGCUGGAUGACAUUUUUGGAUCCAGGAUUGUCGAUAAUGCUGUUAUUGAUGAUAGCCUUUCUUCCGACAAUUUCGACUGCACCGAUGCAUGCAUUGAAGAAAGUCUACAUAAAGAAAUUGAAAAUGUAGCUUCCACGAGCAAGAAAGGAAUUUAUUCCAGAACAGCAUUGUCCGACAUUUUGCAAAUGCAAACAGAAAUGCUUAAUUUUAAAAAAGAAAGAGCUGAAAAAGAGCUAACUUUAAAGGAAAAAGAAUUUAGUUUAAAGGAAAGAGAAAUAGGGCUGAGAGAAAAGGAAAUAGAAAGCAACGAGCUUAUAAAAGUUAAGGAGCUGGAAAUGAAGGAGAGGUUAGCAAUGGAGGAGCUGAAGCUAAAAUACAAACAAUAAGUAUAUAAGUUAUGGAUAACAGUCUAGUAUAUAGACCACUCUAUAGUCUAGUCCAAAGUCUAGUCUAUAGUCUAGUCUAUAGUCUCUAGUCUAUAAACCAAUCUUUAGUCUAGUCUAUAGUCAAGUCCAUAGGCUAGUCUAUAGU